UCUAACAGCGCACUUCAUAAUUUUUCAUUUUCAAAAUCUUCUCUCUAAGAAUGUCAAACAUGCAUUACAUUUUGAGCAUGUUAUCAUUUCUUCUUCUUGUAGAAAAUCUCAGCACAAUACAUUGUCAUACAAAGGGAAUUCGACACAAACAUUCUUCAGGAAACAGUUUAUCAACAACCAAUACAACAACAACAGAGUUAGCAGAACAACAAUUCAUGAAAUGGGUGAGUUUUGUUGGUGGUCUUAAACACACAGUUUUCAAGACUGCAAAAAAUAAGCUCUUUGCUUCUUAUACUUUGCACGUUGAUAAAAAUCCUUCUUUGGGAGAUUUUGCAACAAUUCAAGAAGCCAUUGAUUCUCUUCCUUCUAUAAAUCUUGUUAGAGUUGUCAUCAAGGUUCAUGCAGGUGUUUACUCGGAGAAAGUUAACAUUCCUCCAUUAAAAUCGUUCAUAACCAUAGAAGGAGAUGGAGCAGAUACAACAAUUGUUCAAUGGGGUGACACUGCUCAAACACCAGGUCCAAGAGGGAAUCCAAUGGGAACAUAUGGUUCAGCAACUUUUGCAGUUAAUUCACCUUAUUUCAUUGCUAAAAACAUCACAUUCCAAAACACAUUUCCUGUUCCUGCACCUGGAGCAAUUGGAAAACAAGCAGUGGCAUUUAGAAUUUCAGCAGACACAGCAUCAUUCUCAGGCUGCAAAUUUUUAGGUGCACAAGAUACACUUUAUGAUCAUAUUGGUAGACAUUACUAUAAAGAUUGUUACAUUGAAGGUUCUGUUGAUUUCAUCUUUGGCAAUGCUCUCUCCUUAUUUGAGGGAUGUCACGUGCAUGCAAUAGCAAGAAAUACAGGUGCAUUAACAGCACAAGGAAGGAGCAGCAUGUUACAAGACACAGGUUUCUCAUUUGUGAACUGUAAAGUGACAGGUUCAGGGGCACUAUACCUUGGAAGAGCUUGGGGUCCUUUUUCACGAGUUGUCUUUGCUUAUACAUAUAUGGACAAUAUUAUCAUUCCUAAAGGAUGGUAUAAUUGGGGUGAUCCUAACCGUGAAAUGACUGUGUUCUAUGGACAAUACAAAUGCACAGGAGCUGGAGCAAACUUUGCAGGGAGAGUAUCAUGGUCAAGAGAACUCACUGAUGAGGAAGCUAGACCUUUUCUUUCACUUACUUUUAUUGAUGGGACUGAAUGGAUCAAUUUUUAGUUUAAUCAUACACAUUCAUUGUUUAUUAUUGAAUAUAGACACCUAUUGACAAAAAUAAGACUAAUAGCAGUGGUACAAUAUAAUUUGUCAAAAAAAAAAACAAAGUCUAGUUAUAGUUCCUUGCCAAACAAGGCCUUAAGUCAGUUACACCAAGUGUAACAAACUGUGCUGAGUCAGCACAGUUCAUAGAUAAACUAGGACUAGUAUAAAUACCUUGCUCCAAUUCUCUAGCUUGUAACUAACUUUCAUUUUCUACAUUGAUUCAAUACAAAACAGUUAUGCAUUCUAUGUUUCUAA